CAUGUCUUCACAUAGAAACUCUUUGCGACGUCACAACGUCCUUAUUUUUCAACAUGGAGUUAGUAUAUUUUGUCUAUGGUAUAUUCAUCUUCAACGCAUUGUUUUACUCGCCAGUGACGGCACACGUCAUUGGGGGUGAGGUCGAGAUGGAUCCUAACGAUCCGAAAUAUUAUGCAUGGGCUCAAGAAGCGUUGGACAAACAGAUUGGUCAAGAAAAACUGCUGGUUGCUGUAGUAACAAGAGCAACUGAACAACUUGUGCAAGGAUUGAUUACCAGAUUAAAUUUCGUCGCACAAUCGCGUGACGGAAAUUACUUAUUGAUUUGUAAUGCCAAAAUAUUCCAACCCCUCUAUUCGACUCGGAAGGAAAUUGAAGUGGACUGUCAACUGCCUUUAACUCGUUAGCCAUUCAUGUACAUAUUGGGAAACGAAAUUUAUUGAGAAAUAAAAAUAUAAUAAAUUAAA